UGCGCAUGGGGCAUGGCGGAGGACACGGGCGAGGGAGGUGAGGAAUAGCCCCGAGAGCCAGCUCAAGCCUUCCCCCUGCGCGGAAGCAUGCCCACAUCGCCGGAGAGGUCCGAAGACGCAAGGCAACCUGUGACCUCUUCUUUGGCGACGACGAUGCGGAGCGUUCCGCCUCCCAAGAUUCGCCCCCCCCUCCGGGAUCAGGCCCGAGGUGUGUUUUCGCGAGAGUUUUCCCGAUGCGACUCCAGCCGUGGCGAUGCGGUUCCCCCCAGCAGGCCCAGAACACGGGACGAGAAGAGCACGCUUCGCCUCCUCGGCCUCGCGGAGGAGGAUGGCGGGGGGGCGAGAGUGGUGCACGCAGGCGGUGCCUCCGUCCGACCAGCACAUUUCCCAAACAGUGCGUGCACUUAGGGUUCUCUGCCCGUGCUUCGGGGAGUCUGGCCCGGGGCGGUGGCCGCGUGGCCUCUGGCGGCUUCCUUCUUGGCUUCCCUCUCGUUGGCCCCUCGGGCCGCACCGCUCUUUGGCGGCCGCCUCGAGUCCUGCCGCUGUCCCGCUGUCCCGAGGACGCGCCGCACCUCUUCUGGUGGCGGUGUGCUUCCCGCCGCUUCUCCUUCACCGGCCCUGCAGGUGUUCCACAUCAUGCUCUCAUCCGUAUGCUGCUGGUCCGCGCAGGCCGCCGGGCACGCCGCCCAGGCCGCCGGGCGGGGGGCCGCCGGCGUCCGACGAGGAGGCUCCCUCGCCCAGCGCGCGCGGCGGCAGCAGCAGCGGCGCCGCCGCUGGCCGCGGCGAUGCGCAGUCGGAGACCCAGCCGAGGAAGCGGGCCCGCUUCGCGUGGAUGGAUUCGGGCGACGAGGAUGGCGGCGGCGGCGCGUCCUCCUCGGAGAGCUCCGGAAGCAGGGGCCGCCGCUCUCGCGGCGGCGGCGGCCGCGGCUCGCCUGAGCGGGCGGCGCCGGCCGGGCGGCUGGAGCCCCCUGUGCCCGCCGCGCGGGUGGCGACCCUGCCGGAGAUGCUGCGGCUCGUGGCCGAGACGCCGCGCGGGAAGAUGCUGCGGCUGUCUCUGGCGGAGCUGGCGGACCUCCUGGAGGCAGCCGCGAGGGUGCACUACUACGAUGCGUCUGUAUUUGGCGACUUGACCUCCGCCGUGAAGGUCCACCUGCGCGGCCGCGGCGCGUGCCGGCCUCAACACGUGGGAGCCGUCGUGGCCGCCCUGGCCGAGCUGAACGCCUACGACAGGGAGCUCUUCGACUUGGCCGCUGGGGCGCUCGAGCGCGUUGGCGCGGACCUGGAGCGAUCCGUGCGCCAGACGAUCCUGCGGGCGUUCAAGAAGGCUCAGCACCAGGGCGACUCGGCGAUCCUGGCCUUCCUGGCCCAGCAGGAGGGCCUCGCGCGCUACGCCGCGGCGUGUCAGGACGUGUCCGCCUCCUGGCAGAAGGCUGGGACCAUCUCGGGCGCCGCCAUGCCGCUGGGCAUCGGGCGGUGAGGGUCGUGGGGGCUCCGUCCGCCUGCGCGCGCGCGCGCCACGCGCCACGCGGGGCUCGUGGGCCGCUCGGGGCUGGCCCGUCGGACAUGGCCGCGCGGCAGGGGGGGGGGCGCAGGGGAGAGCAUCG